AUGUCGUCUUCAAGUUUUAUUUCUUCUUUAUCCUUAUAUGAAGAAAAUAUUGGAAGCCUUGUUAAAUUAUGUUUAUCGAAAGAUAGAGAACGUGUUGAUAUACAUGGAGGUCGUAAAGCAGCAUUGCAAUAUUUGUUACAUAUUCAAUCAGUUGGAUUCGAUUUAUCAUCUUAUAUCAGUUUAAAAGAUUUUGAAAAAUUGAAAGAAGAAAUAAAUAAAUUAAAAGAGUUGGAUUUUUAUAAAAAGAAAUUCGAUGAACGUCGAGAUGAUACAUAUGAACCAUAUUGGGAGUUAACGAGUCAUUCAAAUAAUAUUCAUCCAAUCGCUAAAAAUGCUCGGCAGAUAAUAAAUAAAUAUGGUCAUUUUCCACUUGAACAAUUAAAAGUAUAUUUUAAUGCAAAACAAAUUGAUAAUAUUCCUUCACCAAAAGGACAUUUCGAAUCAUAUGCUUCGUUUGAUGAUGAUGCAAGAAAUAAUAUGCGUAAAUAUCCUAUUGCACAGCGUCAAAAUAAAGGUCAAAUUAAUACAAAACAAGGAAGAAUUGAAAAAGCUGUUUUUGAUAUUCCAUCUGGAAAACAAAUUAUCGUUUUAGACUUUGCCGAUGAAAGAAUGCCUGGCGGUCUUUUUCUUUAUGGUGCUUCGACACAAGAGGAAACAAUUUGUUAUAAUUCAAAUGCAUACGGUGCUCUGCUUGAUUUUAAAUAUAAACGUUUUGACGGAGGUUUCAUGAUUCCAGAAUAUGGUUGUUUAUAUAUUAAAAAUGUUCAAUUUUUCAAACCGAUACAACAUACAGAACAACGGACAGUUGACAUUGUGGCUGUUGCUUGUUACGAUUUGACAAGAGAACAUGGUUUAUAUGAAGUACCAAGUUCUUCCGAAAGGAUUGAAGCUAAUACUCAAAAAAAAUUAGAAACUGUAAUUGCUUCUGCACAAGCGAAUACUGAAGAAAAUGGAAGUGAUACUUAUCUUAUUAUAGGUCCUGUUGGAUGCGGAGCAUUUCAAAAUCCUAUUCAAACUAUUGUAAAAUUAUGGGCAAAGAUUUUAUCACAACCACUAAAUAAUAGUCUUAAUACUCAACAACGUCAUGCUUUUGAACAUAUUUGGUUUCUUAGUGGAAAAACUGACAAAUUGAUAACUUUUGAAAAAGCUUGUGAAGAAGCUUUCGGUUGUGAUAUUGUUCAAAGAUUGUAG